GUCUCUCUAUUUCUCUCUCCACAUUGUAAACUUCCCUCCAAAGAAAACUUAUCCCUUUGUUUGGAUUGACCUCCACAAACGAUGGCUCUGGAGUCUGCUUUCUCCAUGAGUGUCUGGUCCUUCUCCAAAUCAAUCUCCUUUGAGAGAAGCGCCUUAUCAUUUCACCGAAUCACCAUCCCCUCGGGAGCAAAGGGAAUAAUUGCAGGAGAGGGUGAAGUUGAACCCCAGAAGAGGAUAAGCUCCGAUCUCAAGAGGGUUUACAAGAACGAGAAAGUAGUGGCUAGAAACACAGUACGACGGGAAGAUAAGCAUGAGAUUUCAAGCCAGAAGAAAGCUAUCGUAGACAGAAGCAAGGCAAUAGUAAAGCUGAAAUCGUUAGGAGAAGAAGUGAGGAACGCAGGCUAUGUUCCAGAGACGAAGUAUGUUCUUCAUGACAUCGAUGAAGAAGCUAAAGAGAAAGCAUUGAUGCAUCACAGCGAACGGUUGGCUAUUGCUUUUGGGCUUAUAAACACGCCUCCAGGGACGACUAUAAGAGUGAUGAAGAACUUGAGGAUAUGUGGAGACUGCCACAACUUCAUUAAGAUAUUAUCGAGCAUUGAAGAUAGAGAGUUCAUUGUAAGAGAUAACAAGAGGUUUCAUCAUUUUAGAGAUGGUUCUUGUUCUUGCCGAGAUUAUUGGUAGAUUCUUGAAUUUAAACUUAUUUGGUUUUACUCACAAUAACAUUUCUAAA